GCGCGUUCCAAUAGUUGGCGCCAGGCGCUCAGGAGCCACCGUGCUUAUUGGUCAUUUAUGGCUAUCAAUCUUAAUUCGCCUGCUAGGUGUUUCCUCAGACAGGCCUCGGGUUUCUGUUCCGAGUGUUCCUCUGCACCCGCUUCUCGUAUGGAUUGUGUCGCUAAAGGCUGACGGCGAGGUGCUCCUUCCAUACCCGGGGAGGUCGUAGUGCAGGUGCGAAGCAGCGGAACUGUGAACGGGGUCGCAACGGAGCUUGCAGCGUGAGCAGAUCCUCCUAGGCAAAGGAAACAAGGGGCGGCGGCGGCUGAGAAAUAGAUUCAAAUUUUUCAGAGUAUAUUUGGAACUGUCAAUAUGAGCCCUUCACAGUGGGAUUUUCCAGUGGAACUAUGUUGCCGACCCAUGGCCUUUGUUGCACUCACCGGUUUGGAUGUUGUAUAUAAUGCUGUUCAUCGAGCUGUCUGGGAUGCAUUUUGUGCAAAUAGGAGAGCAGACAGAGUACCAAUUUCUUUUAAAGUACUUCCAGGUGAUCAUGAAUAUCCCAAAUGCAGAGAAAAGAGAGUGACAUAUGAAUGGUACAUUCCAAAGGGUAUCCUGAAAACAGGUUGGAUGAACAAGCAUCUGAAUUUGGUUCCUGCGCUUGUUGUGGUAUUUUAUGAGCUAGACUGGGAUGAGCCGCAGUGGAAAGAAAAGCAAUCAGAGUGUGCUACUAGAGUUGAAAUUGUCAGGCAGAGUUUGCAGGGCCGAAACACAAAAGUUGCUGUAGUUUUAAUUCAGAAGAAAACUCCCUUACCUCCAGGAGAAGAUGUUAUUGCUUCAGAAAGGGCAGCAGCUUUAUGUAAUGUUUGUGACCUCUCCGGAAAGUCCCUAUUUGUUUUGCCACACACUGAUCAUCUUGUAGGUUACAUUAUAAGGUUAGAAAAUGCUUUCUAUGAACAUGCUCAGACCUAUUACUACACAGAAAUACGAAGAGUAAAAUCUCAUAAAGAAUAUUUGAACAAAACAACACAUCAGCUUUUGUUUGUUAGACACCAGUUCAAAAUAGCAUUCUUCAGUGAGUUGAAGCAAGACACAUUAAAUGCUCUAAAAAACUACAAAACUGCCUUUAAUCUUGUACAUGAAUUGAGAGCUCAUGAAACAAAUAUGCUGGAAAUCAAGACUAUGGCAGGAUUUAUAAAUUACAAGAUCUGUCGCCUGUGUUUUCAGCAUAAUACACCACUGGAUGCAAUUGAACAAUUUAGGAAACAUAUAGAUCUAUGCAAGAAAAAAAUAGGAAGUGCAGAGUUGACUUUUGAGCAUGCUGCCUGGAUGUCAAAACAAUUUCAGGCUUUUGGAGAUCUAUUUGAUGAAGCUAUUAAACUAGGGUUGACAGCUAUUCAAACACAAAACCCAGGUUUCUAUUAUCAGCAGGCAGCAUAUUAUGCACAAGAACAGAAGCAAUUGGCAAAUCUCUGCAAUCAUGAGUCUUCUGUGAUAUAUCCAAAUCCGGAUCCAUUGGAAACAUCAACUGGAAUGCUUGACUUCUAUGGACAAAGGCCAUGGAGGCAAGGAAUAUUAAGUUUUGAUCUUAAUGAUCCUGAAAAAGAGAAAGUGGGAAUCUUAGCACUGCAACUGAAAGAGAAGAAAGUUCUCCAUUCUGAGCUAAUAAUCACCUUGUUGAGUAAUGCAGUAACGCAAUUCAAGAGAUACAAGUGUCCAAGAAUGAAAAGUCACUUGAUGGUUCAGAUGGGUGAAGAAUAUUAUUAUGCUAAAGAUUACACCAAAGCUUUGAAGCUCCUUGAUUAUGUUUUGUGUGAUUACCGUAGUGAAGGAUGGUGGACUCUCCUGACUUCUAUAUUGUCCACUGCUCUUAAAUGUUCCUAUCUAAUGGCCCAAAUAAAAGAUUAUAUUACAUACUCAUUAGAGCUGCUGGGCAGAGCAUCUACUUUGAAAGAAGAUCAGAAAUCUCGAAUAGAAAAGAAUCUGGUCAAAGUUCUUAUGAAUGAGAAUCCAGAUCCUGAAUCUGACUGUGAUGUUGCUUCUGUAAAAGCUGCACAGAAAUUGUGGGCUGAUAGAGUAUCCCUGGCAGGCAACAAUAUCUUUACAAUAGAAGUACAAGAUUUUGUUCCUUUUGUGCAGUGUAAAGCUAAAUUUCUUGCUCCAAGUUUUCAUGUUGACGUACCAAUUCAGUUUGAUGUGUAUUUGAAAGCUGACUGUCUGCAUCCUCUCCAAUUUUCUAAGUUGUGUGUCAAUUUCAGUAAUCAGGAAUACAAUCAGUAUUGUGUGGUGGAAGAAAAUUAUCCAAAAUGUGACAUCCUAGAACCAUCUACACAGGGAACAUUGUGUCUUAUCCCUGGUAAGACAAAAAAGUUCACUUUCAAAUUUGUGGCAAAAACAGAAGACGUGGGGAAAAAAAUUGAGAUUACCUCAGUGGACCUAAUUCUGGGUAGUGAAAAUGGCAGGUGUGUGGUCUUGAACUGGCAUGGAGGAGGGGGUGAUGCUGCUGCUUCUCGAGAAGCAGUGCUGGCAGCACGUUCCUUCAAGAGACGACCCAAACUUCUAAAUAAUGAGGUUCACUGGGAUAGCCUUACAAUUCAGGCAAGCACUAUGAUCAUUUCUAGAGUGCCUAACAUUUCUGUCCAGCUUUCUCAUGAACCUCCUGCCCUAAUGAAUGAAAUGUAUUGUUUGACUGUGACAAUCGAGUCACAUGAGAAGACAAUUGCCAAAGAUGUAAAGCUCACAGCAGGCUUAAAACCAGGCCAAGAUGCAAAUUUGACUCAAAAAACACAUGUAACUCUGAAUGGAACAGAAAUGUGUGAUGAUUCCUACCCUGCCUUGCUUCCUGAUAUCCCUCUGGGAGACUUGCAGCCAGGUGAAAAGUUGGAAAAAAUUAUAUAUAUUCACUGUGGAACAGUUGGUACUAGGAUGUUUCUUGUGUAUGUUUCUUACCUGGUGAAUGCAGUCAUUGAAGGAAAAGAAAUUCUUUGCAGGUGUCACAGGGAUGAGACCGUUACUAUAGAGACAGUAUUUCCUUUUGAUGUAGCUGUUAAAUUUGUCUCAACUAAGUUUGAGCAUUUAGAUAAAGUCUUCACCGACGUACCAUUUUUACUGAUGACAGAUAUCCUCAGUGCUUCACCCUGGGCCCUUACUAUUGUAACCAGCCAGUUGCAGCUUGCACCUUCAGUGAUUCCAGUGGACCAGCUAGAGUCCUGUGUAGAAAAUGUUGUUUUACAGACAGGUGAAAGUGCUAGUGAAUGCUUUUGCCUUCGUUGUCCACCAGUGACAACUGGUCAAGGUGGAGUUGCUACGGGAUGUUAUGUAAUUGUCUGGAAAAGGAGCUCAGCUGUGGAGAGCAUACCUGUGGUUAAUACUUUGAUCACACUGCCGCAUGUAAUCACUGAAACUAUCCCACUCCAUGUUAAUGCAGAUUUGCCAUCAUUUGGUCGAGUCAGAGAAUCCUUACCUGUAAAAUUUCAUCUGCAGAAUAAGACUAAUUUAAUGCAAGAUGUAGAAGUAAUUGUGGAACCUAGUGAUGCCUUCAUGUUUUCUGGUCUUAAGCAGAUAAGACUGAGAAUCCUUCCUGGCACUGAACAAGAAAUGUUAUACAACUUCUAUCCCCUUAUGGCUGGAUAUCAGCAGCUGCCAUCUCUCAGCAUCAAUCUGCUACGAUUUCCACAGUUUACUAACCAACUGCUUAGGAAAUUUAUACCAACACACAUCUUCGUCAAGGUAACAAAUAGUGGUAGCAAAAUAACAGUAUUUAAGGUUCUUUCAACAUGUGGUUUGCUCGUAAGGAUAGUAAGUUAUUUUAAAAUGAUUUUCAGUGGAAUGCUAGAAUGGAUUUCUAAAAUAGGUGCAACUUCUGCUGAAAAUAAUAAAAUAUAAGAAUGGAAUAAUGGAAGCAUUAUGAUAAGCUUGCUAUUGCGUAAAAUAAACGUUUUCACUCAAGUUUUUGCCUAAAUUCACUAGUCUAAACACUGGAGGAAAAUGCCAUUCCGUGUUCUGUUUUGAUAAUGACUAGUUGAAGCAAGUUUUCAAUCUAGAAUAAGUCUCAUUGGAUUAGGAAUGAUCAUAGUCAUAAAUGCAAAUAACAGGAAUUGGAAAUAAUGUAAUGUCACAUUGCAGCAGUAAGGGUACUAAGAACUAUGCAUGUGAUAAUACAAUUAUUUAGCUACCAAGACAUUAGUGAAGGGCUCUUUUUUCUUCCCCCUCCCCAUUUUGCAUAGCAGGGAUUAUCAAAAUAAGUAGAAGAAACCUGUCCAGGCAGAGUAAAUGAAAUCUUUGAAAAAAAUGUGAUGUGCUUUUUGUGAAUUACAUUGUAAAACCCAACUUAAUCCACCCUUUAUGGUGACAAGGCUUUGUAGGCUACUUGUUCACAGUACAACCAGAAAGGACGGGUAUUUUUCAAGAAUUCUGACAGUCAGAAUGCCUCUUAAAUCAGUUAUUUACAUUUGCUGCUAGCUAGGGAUGUAUGCCUUCUUUUUACAGAGAAAGAAGCUUAUGAGUAUAUUCCUAAACUGCAGUAUCUUCUAGGUUGUGCAGUCUGUUUUUCCUAAGUUUUUUUUAAAAAAUUCAAAUGCUUAAAAUCUAGACAUUUGGUGCUUAAAAUCUUCCUUGUGUUGUAUAAUAUUGUAAUUUUUCUGAUUACAUAGUAAAUGUUUUCUGCUGUAAUAGUUGUUAGUUUCUAAAAAUGGUAGAUAUGGAACAGAAGUAAAACAACUUGUCAUUUUCUAUGCAUUUCUAUCAGUAGAUGAUAGUUUCAUAAUUACUUUGUCAAUUUAGUCUAAUUAAGAAUUAUUCAGUGUUACCAAUCUUAAUAGGAUUUGCUUGCUGUUACAGUACUUUCAAUGGAACAUUUGGGGUCAUGCUGCAGUAAUUGAUCCUAAAAUAAUGGGAAAUUAAUACAUUAUAGAUAUUGUGUAACUCUGUAGAGCCCUAUGUAACUGUGGGAAAACAUAUAUUGAAUUGAAUUGAAUUGAAUUUAUUAUAUUUCUAUGCCGCCCUUUUUCCCGAGGGGACU